CAGCUUCCGUGGCGCUUCACCCUUCGGCCUCAGCCCAGGCUCCGGUGGUGCAGCCAGUGCCAGCCUCUCAGCAGAGGGUUCUGGUCCAAGCGACGGGCUCCGCUCCCAAAGGGGCGCAGAUGCAGCAGAUCUCUGUUCCCAGAGUCCAGCAGGUUCCACAACAGGUGCAGUCUGUGCAGCACGUUUAUCCAGCCCAGGUCCAGUAUGUGGAAGGAGGAGAAGCUGUUUAUACCAAUGGAACCAUACGAGCCGCCUACUCCUACAACACCGAGGCUCAGAUUUACGCCCCCAGCAGCGCCGCCUCCUACUUCGAAGCGCAGGGAGGAGGAGCUCAGGUGACUACAGCGGCAUCCUCUCCUCCUGCCAUUCCCUCUCACAACAUGGUGGGCAUCACCAUGGACAUUGGGGGAAGUCAGAUCCUCUCCGGCUCGGGAGCCUAUCUCAUUCAUGGGGGGCUGGAGAACUCUAGACAUUCCCUGUCACACACCUCACGCUCCUCUCCAGCAACGCUUGAAAUGGCGAUUGAAAACCUACAAAAAAGUGAAGGGAUUACAUCACACAAAAGCAGUUUGCUCAACAGCCAUGUAAGUUACAAUCAGAAUUUCCAACCCUUUCCCUGCUUUGGUGGGAGAAUUAUUUGUAGCCCUUUGGUGUAUUCAACAGCACGAGUCCCUCAAAGCAGCCUGUGA